UGUGGGGCUCUGCAGCGUUCCUUCAGGCCUGCAGAAAAACAACCGCAGCAGCGCUCCGCGCCUGUCCGCACAUUUUUAUAAACCAGCUGGUUGCUACAAGACCCCUCAACCAUGUCCAUGUUCUCGGUCGUCGCGAAGCAAGUCAAGACUCACCCAUCUUUGAUCCCCCUCUUCAUCUUCAUCGGUGGUGGGGCCACGAUGAGCAUGCUGUACUUGGCCAGACUGGCUAUUAAAAAUCCCGACGUCUGUUGGGAUCGUAAAAAUAAUCCCGAACCCUGGAACAAGCUGGAGCCUAAUCAGCAGUACAAAUUUUUCAAAGUCAACAUGGAUUACUCCAAACUGAAGAAGGAAGGACCAGAUUUCUAAGAUGGGAGUCCUCACAGCUGUGUCCGGAGAUCAUGCACUUUCUGUCCAAUCGCAGACCCUUAAAAGACCCAGUUCAGUUUGAAUUUUGGUCAUUUAACAGUUAAUUAUCAGCAGGAAAGGGGGAAGGGAUCAUAAACCUAUAGAAUUCAUUGGUGAAUUCUUCUUUUUAUUUUACUUUUAUGUGUUGUAAAUUAUUAAAACUCUUAAAACUUU